UUUUUUUACACUGAUGGUGUGUAUCAGCGGAUGCUUGCACCACUCUUGUGCACCCAAUAAUUUGCUUCAUUAAACAGCCAAUCAAAUCUGCCCCUGACAUGUGCCCUCCUACUGUUCAGUGAAUGAAGAGAAAUUAUUAUCUCAAGUCCUCCUCUUAUCUGUACAGUUUGAGUUUUACAGCGCAGAGGACAAACAGGGUCUCAGGCAGAGGAGAGUCUCCAGAAGAGGAGAGUUCAGAUACAGUGAUGCCACCACUCUGUGCUGUUCUUGUGCUUUUCAGCAAAGUCUAUGGUCUGCUUGGGAAUAUAAUUCAGCCUGACACGCUGGUGCGAGCUCAGAUCGGAGACACUGUGACUCUCCCAUGCUUCUACUCUGUAAACAUUUGUGAUAUCAGUUGGUAUAAGCAGCCUCUUGGACAGAAGAUUCAGCACAUUGCAGUGAAAGUUGUAAAAGAAAAUGAUCCUCAAUUGUUCAAUGAGUUUAAAAACAGUAUGCGCCUCAGUGCUAAAGCAGCAAACGGGAGCUUUAACCUGACUGUGUCACAAGUAGAGCCAUCAGAUUCAGCCACAUACCACUGCGCUAUGAUGCCCUACAGAGAGACCAUCUUUGGAAAUGGAACCACUUUAAUGGUGAUGGGCUCAGAGUCACACAACAGGACAGUAGUACUGCAGCAGCCCGAGUUUGAGUCAGUGCAGCCUGGAGACUCUGUGACUCUGCAGUGUUCAGUACACACUGAGACCUGUGCAGGAGAACACAGUGUGUACUGGUUCAGACAGGGCUCAGGAGAGUCCCCUCCAGGAAUCAUUUCCACCCAUGGAACCAGGAGUGAUGAGUGCCAGAGGAGCUCUGGGGCUGUGUCUCCCACACAGAGUUGUGUCUACAACGUCCCCAAGAGGAACCUCAGCUCCUCUGAUGCUGGGACUUACUACUGUGCUGUGGCCACCUGUGGGGAGAUCCUGUUUGGGAACGGAACCAAGCUGGAUGUUAAGGGAAAUGAAGCCCUUCCUCUUUAUUGCUUGGCGGGAGCAUUGAUGUUGAGCGUGAUCCUAAAUAUUGUCCUCAUUCUGAAAUUGAGAAAAAGCUGUGAGAAUUGCAAAGGAGUUGCAUCAAACAACCAAGAGAGCGUUGAAGACAUGGCGAGCAAACAGAGUCAAGAUGAAGCAAUGAAUUACGCUGCUUUGACUUUCACCACCAAGAACCCCAAAGUGAGGAGGAACAAGAGGGAAGUGGAGAAAGAAACGGUUUACUCCGAUACGAGAUUUAGAGACCGCGAGUGAAGCUUUCCAUAAAAAUGUAUCUUUGUCACAAGAAUGAUCAAACUGUUCCCUCACUAGAGUUGGUGAACAUUAUGCCAUGUGACUGUAAAUGAUGUCACAUUUACUGGAUUUGCCAAGAGCUGUGCUUGUUCUUAUAUUUUUGCUGUUUUUCAAAUACACAAAGUAAAACUUGUACAGUAUACUCCCUGA